AUGGAUAACAAUUUUUUUGGAGAUAAUUUUGUAAAUAAAAAUGGACCAUGCAAAAUCAAAUUAUCUGAUAUGAAGGUUAUAGUGUUAUAUUUUUGUGCAAGUAAAUGUAAUAUGAUUAUUUAAGGUUGGUGUCCUCCUUGUGUAAAUUUUACACCAACUCUUGUUGAAUUUUAUAAUGAUGUUAAUUUGGAAACUAAAUAACUAGAAAUUAUUUGGGUAUCUUAUGAAGAAUCAGAAAGUUAAUUCAAAAAAUAUUUAGAAGAGGUUUAUGCAUAAUAUUAUUUAAAGAUGCCAUGGCCAGCCAUUCCUCAUAAUGAUAAGAGAAUUUAGUAACUGGUAGAUAAAUAUGAAAUUAAAGGAAUUCCUACGGUGACAGUAUUAAGGAAAAAUGGAGAUGUAGCUAAGAAGAAUGGGAAAUAGGAUGUUAUAAAAGAAGGAGAAGGAGCUUAUAAUUUAUGGGAAUAAUUAGUGAAUAGUGAGUGA